AUGCAUCUCACGAAAUCCUUCUCCGCCCUCGCCGGCGUCGUCCUCCUCUCCCUUUCCCUCUCCUCCUCGCCUGUCUCGGCCGCCAUCGUCACCGAUGCGUCCACGCUCUCCAACACCUCGUUCGACAUGAUCAUUGUCGGCGCGGGCCUGGCCGGUCUCACUGUGGCCAACCGCAUCUCCGCCAACCCGGCACUCAAAGUGCUCGUCAUCGAAGCCGGGGACGACGAGCGCAACAACCCCGAUGUCUACGAUGUCGACAACUACGGCAAGGCGUUCGGCACCUCGCUCGCGUACAGCUUUGCCACGGUGCCGCAGGUCGGGGGCCACCCGAAGGACAUCAAGGGCGGCCGCACGCUGGGAGGUAGUACGAGCAUCAACGGGGCUGCGUGGAACCGGGCGUCGCGUGCGCAGUACGAUGCCUUGGGCCCGUUGAUGGUCAACUCGACCACCAGUGGCGGGUGGGACUGGGACGGUUUGCUGGGCUACAUGAAGAAGAGCGAGAAGUUUGUCGCGCCGAAUGAACAGCAGCACGCACUGGGCGCGAGGUGGGAUUCCAGUGUCCAUGGGACAAGUGGGCCACUCGAGAUUGCCUUCUCACAGAUUCGCAACAGCCAAAGAAGACGCACCAGUGGGGGAGCAACACAGGAGUGGAGACGCAUGUACACGGGCCCUCAACAGGCGGCUUUCAUCCAGGCUGUCGGUGAAGCUCUCGGGGUGGAGCAUGUCGACGAUCAGUGUUCGGGGCAGGCCAAUUCCGUGGCGUACACGCCCAACUCGAUCGGCGUUGAUGGAAGGCGCACGUCGUCGGCGUCAGCCUACUACACUCCCGUGCAAGACCGUGAAAACUUGACCAUCUUGACGGGGACGAUGGCGAAGAGCCUGCUUUGGGCCUCAGCAUCCAAUGGGUCGCUGCACAGCACAGGCGUAGUGGUCCAACAGGGCAAGGACGGCGAUCAGAUCCGCUUGACCGCGAACAAGGAGGUUAUCUUGGCAGCGGGAGCGCUCAACACGCCCACGCUGCUACAGCGUUCCGGUGUCGGUGCCAAAUCAGAUCUAGACCAGAUCGGCGUCGACGCCAAGAUCGACCUGCCCGGCGUGGGGAAGAAUCUUCAAGACCAGACCAUGACGACGAUCGGCUCGCGCGCCAACAUCGACACUGCCGGCGGUGGCCCCUCGGCGGCCAUCGCCAUGCCCAACAUCGAACAGAUCAUGUCCAACGCCACCGAGGUCCGCAGCUACAUCUCGUCCAACCUGGACAGCUGGGCAUCCACCCUGCUCGCCCAGGGCCACAUCGCAACCAAACAAAGCGUCUUGGCGCAGUGGAAAUCUGCCAUCUCGCUCAUCUUUGACGCCAAAGCACCCGUGGUCGAGUUCUUCUUCGACACAGGUUUCCCGGCCAACUCGUACGGGCUGGACAUCUGGACGCUGCUGCCCUUCUCGCGCGGGUCGAUCCGCGCAACCUCGCAGAACCCGUACGAUGGCGCGCACAUCGACCCGAACUACUUUGGCCUGCCUAUCGAUAUGGAUAUGCAGGUCGCGUCGUUGCGCGCUGGCCGCCGUGUGCUCCAGAACGACCACCUGCGCAGUCUGACGCUCAACGGCGAGACGACGCCCGGGUUCGAUCUCAUCCCGGACGGGCAGAACGCGGGUAGAUACAGCAGGUGGCAGAGCUGGGCACUAGGUAACACACCCGGUGGCGGCAGUGGCUUUGCUGCGGUUAGCCAUCAGCUUGGGACCGCUGCUAUGGGAAGUAGGGACGAGGGUGGCGUGGUGGAUGGCAACUUCAAGGUGUACGGAACGGAGAAUGUGAGGGUAGUGGAUGCGAGUGUGGUGCCCGUGCAGGUGUCGGCGCAUUUGAGUGCGACGCUGUACGGGGUAGCGGAGAAGGCGGCUGAUACUAUCAUUAACAGCUAA